AUGGAGGAAAUGUGUUUUGGUCCCACUGCAUUAUCUGCUCAUAAAGUACGAUCUGCCUUUAUUUAUGCACCUGCUGAGAAAUCGGCUGUGUUAACUGUGGCGACUCUCCUGGCGCGUAACGUCUACCAUAUUGGUGGCACUGUGGCUGUACCACAGAAAUGCAGGCUCACACAAAUUGUGGAGCGAUGCAUGAGCGUGAUGCAGUCCGGGACACAGAUGGUGAAGGUGAAGGCGGGGUCCAAAGGGCUGGUGAGACUCUUCUUCCUGGAUGAUCAUCGCUCCUGCAUUCGCUGGAAGCCCUCACGCAAGAGUGAGAAGGCCAAGAUCACCAUAGAUUCGCUGUACAAAGUAACGGAGGGCGGUCAAUCGGACAUCUUCCAUCGACAUGCAGAGGGCAGCUUCGACCCAGCCUGCUGCUUCACAGUGUACCAUGGAAACCACAUGGAGUCCCUCGAUCUGGUGACUUCAAAUGCAGAAGAAGCCAGAACCUGGAUAACUGGCCUCCGCUACCUGAUGGCCGGGAUCAGCGAUGAGGACUCGCUGGCUAAACGGCAGCGCACACAUGACCAGUGGCUGAAGCAGACAUUUGAGGAGGCCGAUAAGAAUGGAGAUGGUCUCCUUAACAUCGAAGAGAUCUACCAACUUCUCCACAAGCUGAAUGUCAAUCUGCCGCGCAGGAAGGUCAAACAAAUGUUUCAGGAAGCUGACACAGACGAUCAGCAGGGCACGCUGACAUACGAGGAGUUCUCCGUCUUUUACAAGAUGAUGUCUCUGAGACGGGACCUGUUCCUGCUGAUGAUGGCGUACAGUGACAGGAAGGAUCACCUGACAGCGGAGGAGCUGGCCAACUUUCUGCGCAAUGAGCAGAAGAUGGCCAAUGUUACUCCAGAAUACAUCGCAGAAAUCAUUGACAAGUUUGAGGUGUCUGAUGAGAAUAAACAAAGAGGCGUCAUGGGGAUUGAAGGUUUUACAAGUUUCAUGCGCAGUCCAACAUGUGACAUUUUCAACCCUUUGCACCAUGAGGUGAAUCAAGACAUGGAGCAGCCGCUGUGUAACUACUUCAUCGCUUCCUCUCAUAACACAUAUCUGACUGGAGACCAGCUACUCUCCCACUCCAAGACCGACAUGUAUGCCUGGGUGCUGCAGUCCGGCUGCCGCUGUGUAGAAGUGGACUGUUGGGACGGUCCUGAUGGAGAGCCGAUGGUCCAACACGGCUACACUCUGACCUCCAAGAUACCGUUCAAGUCUGUCAUAGAGACCAUCAAUAAACAUGCCUUCAUAAAUAACCAGUAUCCAGUCAUUCUGUCCAUAGAGAACCACUGUAGCAUCCAGCAGCAGAAGAAGAUUGCUCAGUACCUGCGAGAAAUCUUUGGAGACAAACUGGAUGUGAGAGACACGCUGAGCAGAGACUCCAAAACAUUACCCAGUCCGCAAAGUCUACAGGGGAAGAUACUGAUCAAAGGAAAGAGCCUACCUGCCUAUCUGUCUGCGGAUGCUGAGGAAGGUGAGGUGUCUGAUGAUGACAGCGCUGAUGAAAUCGAGGACGACUUCAAGCUGAAGAGCAGUAAUGGUAAUGGUCAUCACCAGGUGGAGUCUCACAUCAGAAAGAAACUGGACUCUCUACUGAAGGAGUCUAGAAUCGGAGACAAGGAGGACACCGACAGUUUCAGCAUCCGAGCUCUGCUGCGGGCUACAAGCCAGGGCCUUCAGAAGAACCUGCGGCAGAGUUCCAAAGGGGUUUUGAAGAAAUCCCACAGCAGAUCCUUCAUCACGACGCUCAAACAGAAGAGGCACUCUAAAUCCAGGCUGUCAUGCCAAAGCGUGGACAAGGAGGAUGACGAUCAAGAGGGCUCUGGGAGGGAGGCUGGAGGACAGUUCAACAGGGGUGGAAGGAAGAGGAAGACGAUGAAGCUGAGUAGAGAUCUCUCAAACCUGGUGGUGUUCACCAACUCUGUUGCCUCACAGGAGUGUCUGAAUGAAGGUACUCCAGGUGAUGUUCUGUCAUUCAGCGAGACCAGAGCCCAGUCACUGGUAAAUCACAAAGCCGAACAAUUCCUGGCUUUCAACCAGAGGCAACUGUCACGGAUUUAUCCCUCAGCCUAUCGUAUCGACUCGUCCAAUUUUAACCCCCAGUUUUACUGGAACGUGGGCUGUCAAUUGGUCGCUCUGAACUAUCAGACAGAGGGCAGGAUGAUGCAGCUCAACAGAGCCAAGUUCAUGGUGAACGGAGGUAUUGGCUAUGUCCUCAAGCCCCCUCCCAUGUGUAAAGGCUCCUUCAACCCAUUCAGUGAUGACCCGCUUCCAGCUUACCCCAAGAAGCAACUCAUUCUCAAGAUCAUUAGCGGACAGCAGUUGCCUAAACCACCAGACUCCAUGCUGGGGGACCGUGGAGAGAUUAUCGAUCCAUUCGUUGAAGUGGAGAUCAUCGGUCUGCCAGUUGACUGCUGCAAGGAACAGACACGAGUUGUUGAUGACAAUGGUUUUAACCCAGUAUGGGAGGAGACUCUGUCCUUUACACUUCACAUGGCUGAGGUGGUUUUGGUGCGUUUCCUUGUCUGGGACCAUGACCCAAUUGGGCGGGACUUUAUUGGUCAACGGACUGUUGCCUUCAGCAGCCUGAUGCCUGGUUACAGGCAUGUUUACUUGGAGGGGCUGACUGAGGCUUCCAUCUUUGUCCAUGUGUCAGUGCAUGAUGUCUAUGGAAAGUGGAGCCCUCUAGUCCUGAACCCCAGCUUUACCAUAAUGCACUUUCUAGGAUCUAACAAGGGUAAUCAGCUGCGAGGUAUCCGUGGUUUGUUUAAUCGUUCUUCCAAGUCCUCAGUGGAUACAAACUCCACUGGCCUUCGGAAACGCUCUAUCAGUGAUCAUCUUCUGCGGCGCACAGCCAGUGCCCCAGCAAAGGGAAGGAAGAAGACCAAGAUGGCACUAUCAGAGUCUGUGGCUUCGAUAUCAGACCAAAAGAAUGGCACAAAUGCAGGAGCAGGAGCAGGAGCAGGAGGGGAGGGUGUGUCUGCGAAGCAAGGAGGUGUGGAGAAGCGUUACCAGCCACGAGGCCCCCUCACCCACAGACCUAUCUCCAUGCCCUUAGACAGGCUUCUGCAAGGGCAGCUGUCUCUCUGCUCCCCAGAAAAGGAACAACAGCAUGAAAUGGGCUCAGACACUGUCAUCGGAGGUUUUCCCUUCAACAGGCCCAGGUCUUCCUCUUUGGACCCUUUCAUCGAAUCCUCAAUCUCAACUAAACCAAACAUCUCUUCCUCUUCGAAGACAUACAUCAACAGACAUAAAGAAUUUGACCAAACAGAGGAAGCCUCUUAUCUAGUUAUUGGCAGAGGAGAAGUGAGAAAGGAAGAAGAGUAUGUUAAUUACCAAUCAGAAGACAAUGAAAUCAACAGAUCAAAGGUUGUCUCAAUAGGAACUGAGAAAAGGUGUUUUGUCUCACCUUCCAAGAACACUCAGACAAGAUCAGAUAAACCAGAAACUUCAUCAAAUAGCACAACAUUCACAGUUGCACCUUCAGUCUCCUCCUCCUCCUCCUCCUCUGCCCCCUCAUCUUUGCCUCCUCUUUCUCCUGUCAGUAUAGAUUGUGAUCUGAAGAGUCCCAGCUCUUUGCAUGACAGCACCAUCUCCAGACUUAUUGAUGAGGUGUCCAUAGGCAAUGAGCAAGACACAUGUGGCUCUAUUUCUGCUCUGAUUGGUCAGUUUGAAAGCACUGUUGAGCAAAAUGAUUCACACACAUAUCCUGAUCAUACCCCUUUCUGUCACUCAAACUUCAGGCCUACCACCCCUAAAGCACUGCAAGAUUUGAGGUCUCCUCUGAAGACCAAUACCACACCGACUAACAAGAAACACCCAAUAAGUCCCCAAAAAGUAGCUCAAAAAAUAAAUCAUGAAAUUGAUUCACUGCACAAGAUUUUCCAGGCAGAUACACCCACCCCAGCUCUCAUUUCCAGCCCAGAAACUUCUGAGCUUGAGGAGGUCUAUACCAUUCUGGAUGAGGAGGUGCUGUUGCCUGUAUCAGUGUACAACCUGAGGAAACAAACAGUCCAUGUUCAGGCAGAUACCAUGGAGAACACACCCUCAAACAGCUUGGGAGCCUCUCCAGCAAAGAUGGCCCAGGGUUUAGGGAAAGGGCACAGUGUGGGCUGGGAAGAUAUGAACAGAAAUAGGGGUGGAAAUGAAGAAAUUGAGGAGGCAGAGGAAAGUGUAUAUGAGGAAGUGUAUGACCCCCCAGCACUAGUACCAGCGAUAGAGCAGGGUACUUCUAAAAGCUACAUGGAGUCCUCUGUUAACAAGGACUGUUUCCAGUUUCUCCAUGACUCAGCUGCAAAUACUUUUGCAGAAGUGGAGAUAAAUGUGGAUGAGGAUCCACUGGAGAUGAUGAUUACAUCGCCGAGACAUGGCAGCCAGUGGGAGGGACUCACAAGUCCAACCAAACGGCAUGCUAUUUACCAAAACCAUGACUCCAAUCCCAACUACUCCCAACAAAAACAGCCCUUGCCAUAUCGUGAUCCUCAGAAGCAAUACACGUCACAUGCAUUUUCACAGUGUCCCUCCCCAAUGAAUCAACCUUCCUAUCAGCUGCCAAAUCACUACCACCAUCAGAACAACUCCCAGCCUUCUCCUUUCAAAAGACCCAGCACCUCUAGACCAUCCAACCCUAGCCCAUUGCAUCAGAACAGCUACCCUGUUCCUCUGAGCAAUGCAGAAGCCUUUCACAACAGCAGAGACUACAGUAGUUCCUACACACAACAGAGAAGCUACAGUGGCAGCCAGAUCCUAAAGAGUUCUCAGCAAGAUAAGUUAGGGUACAAACACAUGGAGAGGGAGCAAGUAAGGUGCUUCCAUAAUGGUUUCACUUCUUCUGAAAGCCUCCCUGGCCAAUGGGCUGCGUCUUCAAACAUCAGUAGAGACAGAGGUCUAUAUUCCCCUUCUUCAGACAGCGAUGCAUUGUACAGCCACCUAGACUAUGACUGCGGUACAACCUUAUCAGACUCUCCAGCCCUUCGAAAUGCUCAGCCUCACUGCCAGAGUCAAACACAAACACACACCCAGACUCAUUCACAGAACCAGAAGGAGUCCCUUGUCACUCGAAGGCAACAGUCGCAACCUGAAUCCAGAGAUCUUCUGCACUCAAAUUUAGUCCCUUUAUCAACUCGACCCCACUCUGGUACCAUAGAAUCUACUGUCCCCAGCCCAUGUAAGUCCAAGUCUCUGGGAGACCUGACCUCUGAAGACAUAUCAUGCAAUUUCCAGAGCAAAUACCACAUUAUUAGUCGCAGUUUCAUCACUCCGCACAUGAAGAAGCAAAAGAGGAUGGGCACCAUGGGGGAUGUAACUUUUCAAUCACAGUCUUGUGAUCCUCUCACAGAACAGCUACGUAAGCUGGUGAGUCUAGAGGGGGAUGACAGUGACAGACCCCAGUUUGCUCAAUUGCGUCAGGAAACUAAAUCCCCACUUUCACAGCCACAAGCAAGUGUAAGUGCAAGUGUAGCGCCUCUUGUUUCCAGGGAUGUAGAUGAUUCCCCUCCGCUUCUUACACGGCGCCUAUCUUCUCGGAGCCAGAGCAGAGUGCGUCACAUCAACAGCCGUGCCCGCGAAAGACAGCAAGAGGCUCUAAAGCCUCGGGCAGGUGUGGUGAUCAAUAGUACUGCCAGCAUUGGUGGGGUGGUAUUGAGGAGUAAACCAGCCUCACAGAACCCACCAGCUAACAGACACUCAACUGGUUCUUACAUAGCAGGCUACCUUGGUCAUCUGGAAGACAGGGGACUUCCCGAAGGAGCUUGUACAUCAUUACGGUGUGGAAAUGGGGAUCAUAAUGGAGAUCGGUACUAUACAGAUGACUCUCUUCCACCUGCGGACUUCAACCAUUCUGCGUCAGAGCCUGAGGUGUACUUUUUGCUCAGACUUUAGCUCUGACCAUAGUGUAAUGUGAGAUUAUUGACCAAGCAGUGACUCUUGAUGAUGUUCAGUUGCACCAAAAGCCAGAAGAUCAAGGAAAUAAAUUCUUGCCAUUGUUUGUUUCCAU